AGCCGGAAGUCCCGCCUGCCGUGUAGUCGCCGCCGCCGCCGCUACCGCUACCGCUGCCGCCGCCGCCGCCGCCGCCGUUGUUGUUGUGGUUGGUUCGCUGAACUCCGCGGCUCCGAGAGCCGGCUGCAUCCUUUCCCCGCUGCCGCCGCCGCCAUGAAGUGGAUGUUCAAGGAGGACCACUCGCUGGAACACAGAUGCGUGGAAUCUGCGAAGAUCCGAGCGAAAUAUCCCGACCGGGUUCCGGUGAUUGUGGAAAAAGUCUCAGGCUCUCAGAUUGUUGACAUUGACAAACGGAAGUAUCUGGUUCCAUCUGACAUCACUGUGGCUCAGUUCAUGUGGAUCAUCAGGAAAAGGAUCCAGCUUCCUUCUGAAAAGGCAAUAUUCCUGUUUGUGGAUAAGACAGUCCCACAGUCCAGGGAGAAAAAAACGAUCCUGGUGGUUGACAUCAGGAAGGCGAGGCCACGGAGUUAGAAUUUUCCUCUCCCUUUUGGACCGCAAGUACUACUUAAGAUUUGUUUUGGAUCCAUCUGGACAUUCUUCCAGAAAGUCAGCCUUAGCCCCAGCACAGACAUAUUUAGGGUUAAAGGCAUCCACGUUUAUAAGAAGCAAACGCCAACUAUGAUUCCUCAAUAUGUGGUAUAAAAAGAACUCUACCUUCUGGAAAAUAAAGUUGCUAUCUCCAAAAUAUCUGCCUUCUUGGCUCUUUCUGUAACACACCACUCCUUUAGAGUAGCUGCCUCUGUUCCUAUGGAAAGAAUUGCCUGAGCCCUUGAAAGUGAGCACAUAUGCAUUAUCUUUCUACUUGGAAGCUGUUUCCUAGUUUCGAUAACCUUCCGCUGCAGUGGGAUUCCUCUUCGCAGCUCCUCUGACUUCCCCAGACAUCAUUACAGGAGGGCAGAGGCAGUUAAAAACCUAACAUUGUCCUAAGCUAUUUAGUCAGCAAGGGAUCUGGGUUUUAGAAACUGGAAAACUUUGGCUAAGUCUUGCUCAGAACAUUGUCUUAAGGCCAAAAAGUGUUGGCAAGGUCCAGGUGAAGGCAGCUUUCCACCAGCCACAGACACGACCAAAUCAUACGGGGCCUGCUUCUCUUUUAAGCGGAGCGCUGACGGCCAGCCUGGAUCAUUUUCUCCACAUCAGCUUGUCUCCCCAGACAGUGAGCUAAUGCUUGGCACCAAAAAACACCAUAAAAAAAAAGGCAUUUAACCCCAUGUUUUCAGGCAGAAAUGACUAAAUGGAAUAUAUACACAAAAUUAUUUAAAUCAAGACAACUUUUAAAAAUUCUAAGAGAAUAAAAAUUAUGCACACAUAGUCACAACAUUGGAACCCACUUGUGAACACAGAAUAAAGAGGAAGCAAUGCUGAAAAUUUUCAGAGAAGUAAACUUCUCUGAAAGAGCCAAAUUUCAGAAGACAUUUUGUCAGUAAAGA